GAUCAUUGACAACAAUGUAAACAAAAAAGUCUGCAGUAUUUCAGUUUUUGAGUUCCAUCGGUUUUAUUAACUUGGACUAAAUAGAGAAUACACAUAAAAAUUGCAAGAUUUGUAUAAGGAAAAGAUGCAUCAUAUGGUUUGUUUAACCGUACAUGAAAAUGACAGACGGAGAGAAUAAUAAAACACGAAGAUUAUUGAAAAUAUCAGAAUAACUUAACCUGUUGACUCUGUUAGUGUUACUUGUUCCUUUAUGGAGCAAAUACUUAGAUCUUUUGUGAGAAAAAAGUGGUUUUAAUCUCAUGUCAUCUAAGGUUAAAGACAGAAUGUCUCAUACAGAUUCGAUAGUUAAAAAAGAAAAGGAUGAUGAUGAAUGUAUUACUAUUAGGGUAAAAACAGUGAAAAGUUCAAAGUCACGUAAUGGAGAAGAGGAUGUUCAAGAAGAAAAUGGAGUAUUGUUUUGGGUAAAUAAGAGCGGAUUUCCAAUUGACAAUAAAACAUGGGAACGCAUGUGGGACCAUGUAGCUAAAAUUCACCCAGACAGUUUUGACAUGGUACGGAAGAUCAGAAACAGUGGAGAUUUGCCACAAGUUCCAUUUCAACCACCACCAAUCAAUUUUCCAUCUUCAACACCAGUGUCAGAGAGAAUUGAAAAAGUACAGAAUUACAUGAGGAAUCUACAGUAUAAUCACACUGGAACUCAGUUUUAUGAAGUCAGAAAAAACAGACCAAUAUCUGGAUUAAUGGAUUUGGCCAGAGAAAUGAUAAAAGAAUCCUUACCAAUUAAAUGUUUGGAAGCCAUUAUUCUUGGAAUUUUUCUUACCAAUGGCAUGCUUGGAGUUGAGAGAUUUCCUAUCAGUUUUAAAAGUGUAUUUAAUGGAAACGUUCACCGUCAUGUUGUAUUAGGAAUAUAUUACAGCGGGAGAUGGGGCACCAUAGGGAUGAGUCGACGUGAGGAACUUAUGUAUAAACCUCUAGUUUUCAAGAGUUUGGCAGAUUUGAUGUUUGAUUAUGAAAAAUCCUACAACCACUUUUAUCAUGAAGUAAAGAAGAUGAAAAUAGGACUACCAGCCCCACAUGAUCCUCAUAGUUAUGAAUUUAUCAACUGGAAGACCUUAACAUUAACUCCAGGUAAACAGAACAAGAAGGAAAUGACUAAAGACCUAGAACAUAUGGCUAAAGAAAUAAGACUCAAGGCUUACCAUAAUUCAGAACCUACACCUGGCAUCACGCUGUAUUCUGCUCGUAAGGCAAAAUCCUACAGUACCCACCAGUGCCAGUCUCCAAGAAAAACGUAUUCUACAGCAGAAUUUCCAUAUGAAAGCAAUACUCAGCGAAGUAUAAGGGAGGCAACCAAGGUCUAUAGGUCUCAAACUUCAAUAAAUGCAGAAUAUCUAAAGAAGUUUACAAGUACAAAUGAAUCAGCAGACUAUCAGCUUAGGAUUUAACAUCCAGAUUGAAGAAAAAGGAUGUAAUUUCUUCAAAUUCUAGAUCUUGCCACGAUGUCGGAAUUUUUUUAUUUUCUUUUUAUUUAAAGAAGAUUUUUUGUCAAUUUUGUGCAUGUGAUAAGCUAAAAACUGUGAUAUUCUUUUUACAAUUACAAUUGUUGUCUUUAAUUUUUAAUAAUUCAUAAAUAUUAUCACAUAAAUUGGGCAUGUUGAGUGAGCUUUUUUUGUACUUUUCGCAUAUGUAAAAUCCAUUUAUUUAUUAAUUGUAUUGUAUAUUCAUUUUAAUACAAUUAAAUUGUUUUAAUUUUG